GGCGGCGGCGGCGUGCUGUUGGAGGAGUCUGGCGGAGCUCGAGGCGGUGGCGCCAUGGAGUCACUGGAAGCAAAUGGAAGUGUCCAAGUUGGAGAAUUGUUACCUUGCAAGAUUUGUGGAAGAACAUUCUUUGCGGUGGCAUUAAAAAAACAUGGACCUAUUUGCCAGAAAACUGCCACUAAAAAACGGAAGACUUUUGAUUCAAGCAGACAAAGAGCUGAAGGAACUGAUAUUCCAACAGUAAAGCCUCUUAAACCUAGGCCUGAACCACCAAAGAAGCCAUCUAAUUGGAGAAGAAAGCAUGAAGAGUUCAUAGCCACCAUAAGAGCAGCUAAAGGCCUUGGUCAGGCCCUUAAAGAGGGUGGCAAACUUCCUCCCCCUCCUCCACCUUCUUAUGAUCCUGAUUAUAUUCAGUGUCCAUAUUGCCAGAGGAGAUUUAAUGAAAAUGCAGCUGAUAGACAUAUAAAUUUCUGUAAAGAACAGGCAGCACGUAUUAGUAAUAAAGGCAAAUUUCCUACUGAUACCAAAGGAAAAUCGACUUCUCGGACACAGUAUAAGCCUCCUGCACUUAAAAAGUCAAAUUCUCCUGGAACCAUCUCAUCAGGAUCUUCACGAUUACCACAACCAAGUGGCACUAGCAAAACUGUUGUAGGUGUUCCUUCAGGUAAAGUGUCUUCAGUUAGCAGCUCUUUGGGAAACAAACUUCAGACCUUGUCUCCCUCCCAUAAAGGGAUAGCAGUCCCUCAUGUAGGUAAGAUGGACAAGUUAGGCCCUCCACUUCGAACUGGAAGACAUGUGCAAAGGUUGCAUGACAGUGAUACAAAAUCAGACAGUGCCAUCAAAAGACAUGAGUUAUUACCCAUUUACAAAGCUAACAUCAAACCUCGAAAUUCCACACCACCUAGUUUGGCUAGGAAUCCUGCCUCAAGUAUGCUUGCAAGCAAAAGAAAAACAUAUACUGAGAGCUACGUGGCCAGGCCAGAUGGAGACUAUGUCUCUUCACUUAAUGGCGGAAACAUUAAAGGCAUUGAAGGAAAUUCAGUGGUACACUUACCAAAAUUCUGCCAUGAGUGUGGGACUAAAUACCCUGUAGAAUGGGCAAAGUUCUGCUGUGAAUGUGGCGUUCGAAGAAUGGUUCUGUGAACAGAAUACAAAAAGAAAAAGAGCUAAGUCCAGAAUUUUAUGACUGUUGCUGCUUGGACAUCUAGAGCACUUCCUCUAGUGAUUUUGUGCUAAAAUCAUUCAUAAUACUUUUUUCAACAGUUUUUGGAGCAUAAUCCUUUGGCUGUGUAAUGUGUGUGUGUAUAUAUGUGUGUGUACAUAUACUGUAUAUAAUAAAUACCUGACAACCUAAACUGUGCCACACAAGGAGAUAUUCACUUAACAGUCAGAAAAUAAUUUCAAGUGGAAUCAUUAACUUAGGUAUUACUUUUCUGUUGUUUUUAAAGCACAUUAAGCAUACCUCCACAAACUCUCAAACACUAGUGCUUAGCCCUUUAAGCUUUAGGAUGAUCAUUACUUUGAGCAAAAAAUCAGAAUAAACAUUUUUAUUAUUGAUGCCUAUUUUCAGAUAGUAUCAUUUAGGAUGGGAUGCUUGGAAUUUUGGAACUGAAGAGAAUAUUUUUAGUUACAGUUAGUUAGGUGAGGUCAUUUUCCUGUAGAGCUCUUUAACAAUUAAUUUUAUAAAUAUUUUUUAAAAAGAGAGGGGAAAAAAACCCCUAUGGUCUCUGUUGCCCUUUACUUGGUGUAUUAUUGAUUAUAUAAUUUAGAGAUCUUUACUCAGUUCUUUAAAAUGUAAUUAUGCAAUUUUUGUUUUCAGAGACACAAGGCUGAAAAUACAGAUGUAUCUUAUUCUAGGUAUAGCUGAAUGAUUUUUUUUUUUUUUUUUUUUUUUUUUUUUAAUUUAUGGCUGUGUUGGGUCUUCAUUUCUGUGCGAGGGCUUUCUCUAGUUGUGGCAAGCGGGGGCCACUCUUCAUCGCGGUGCGCGGGCCUCUCACUAUCGCAGCCUCUCUUGUUGCGGAGUACAGGCUCCAGACGCGCAGGCUCAGUAAUUGUGGCUCACGGGCUUAGUUGCUCCGCGGCAUGUGGGAUCUUCCCAGACCAGGGCUCGAACCCGUGUCCCCUGAAUUGGCAGGCAGAUUCUCAACCACUGCGCCACCAGGGAAGCCCUAGCUGAAUGAUUUUUUAACUCAGUAUGUAUUAGUUGAACAUAUAUUCUUUCUACUGCUAAUUGUCUUCAAAUUUCACUUUUUUUCUUUCUUUUCCAUAAACUCAUGUCUGAACAGUAGUUUUAAUUUGCUACUUCAUUUUUGCAAAGUUUGCAUAUUAAUUAUUUAGUAGAAGAUGCAAAAAAUUCCUUGCAAAAUCUUGCAUUUAUAUCUAUGUACUUGAUUUAGAAGAAAUCGUAUUAAUGGAUUUUAAAACAAACCAUCUCACCUAAUAGACAGUAACUUCAAUAAUUAAUCAUUAGUGCAGGGCAUGCAGGUUUAAACGGAUUUGAAUUUUAGUCACUUGAAGUGUAGUUAUAUGUAGUUAUGGGUAGGUUAAGAGAACAUCUAAUUUUUCCUACUCAUAUUUCCUUUCUAGUGUUUAGCACUGAAUCACCAUUCACAUCACAAUAAAAAGCCACUGAAAAUGCAUUGCUUUAAUGGAUAGCUGAUUUAUUAUGUAAUUAAACAUUCACAAAAAUGUAAUUAUACUUCCUCUUUAACUUUGACUAAAAUACCGCUUUUAAUCAUUGUCACUUUCAGUGUAACAUAGUAUUUAGUAGUAGACAUCUUUGAUUGCUUGUGCAGCCAUAUUCAGUAAUUCAGUAGUAGUUUGUCGAAUCAAACCUAACAGAGCCUUGAUCUUAUUAUAAAGGUACAAGCAGAUCUUUUAUAGGCAAUUUCUAACUUCUUAUUUAUGAUUCUGUUCAAUUGUAAGGAUCAGUGUAGAAAUUUGUGGCUUAUAACUUUCUCUGAAAUUUAUUUAUACAUAUACUUUAUAAUUUUAUUCAUUAGUUUUUUUGUUUUGGGGUUUUUUUUUUUUUUUUUUAAUUUUAUAGCUACUUUAUUUAUUUAUUUCUUUAUUUUUGGCUGUGCUGGGUCUUCGGUUCGUGCGAGGGCCCUCUCCAGUUACGGCAAGUGGGGGCCACUCCUCAUCGCGGUGCAGGGACCGCUCCCCAUCGCGGUGCGCGGGCCCCCCACCAUCGCGGCCCCUCCCGUUGCGGGGCACAGGCUCCAGACGCGCAGGCUCAGCAGCUGUGGCCCACGGGCCCAGCUAGUCCGCGGCACGUGGGAUCCUCCCAGACCAGGGCUCGAACCCAUGUCCCCUGCACCAGCAGGCAGACCCUCAACCACUGCGCCACCAGGGAAGCCCUGGGGUUUUUUGUUUUUUGUUUUUUUCAUUUGGGCAGGGGAUAACUUAGUAGUAAUGGGAAUUAUUUACCUUAUUGUUUCUUUCUAUUAAUUUUUUUUUCUGGUUGCCUUUAUUCAAUCAUACUGGUCAAAAGGAAGGGUCAAAAGUCAAAAAAAUUUAUUGCAGCUUAUUCCAUCAACUAGAAUAAGCUGUAAUAAAUUUAGAAUAAUGUACAUAUUAGGAUUCCAUUUCAAUAGUUUGUUCUUCUAAUUAUUAUAAAUCAUAUGAAGAAGAACUUCAAAUUCUUGUCUUGAUCUAGAAUUGAGCACUGUCUUCUUUCAAAUAUAUUUUUAAACAUCACAUUUUUUGUCUGCCCAAGGAAGGGAUAGGUGAAUGAGCUUAAAGUGGCACAUGUUUGUUUCUCACUGAAUUUUACUGUGGCAAGUAAAUGUUGUAAUGUACUACAUGGAAAUGGGUUGGUAAGACAUCAUCUAAUUCCAGAACCCAGAGAUUAUUAUAAACAGUAAGUAGGUGAAAUAUAUUUAUGAAAUGAAACAUGAUGCAAUGUAUUUAAAUGCAUUUUUAUAUUACUUGCAUAUAUUAUUCUCAUGUUGAUUUGUUGUGCAAUAGUUCACUUUUUAAGAAAUUUUCCUUGAUCUAUGCAUCAUUUAUUUUUUAUUUAUUUUCACAAGUAUUUUCCAUUGUGGUAGGAUAAAAAGAUGAUUGUAAGCAUAAAUUAAAAAUGUAAAAAUUGCUUAUGUAAUAUUCUGAAAGUUAUUAGCUUAGAAAAGUAAGAUUAUUAUGGCUGCUGUUGUCUCUUGUUCACUGUUUUUUAAUUACAAAUAAUGUCUUCAUUUUUGAAUCUAUUCAAUAAAGACAUGAA